AUGGAAAUGCUCAUGGAAUCAGAAGGUCAGCGACCGAGGAGUCUAAAACCAAUACAUUUGGCUUGUUAUUUCGGGAAUUUAAAUUUCUUGAAAUUUCUCGUGAAUUUGAAAGUGGACAUAAACAGCGUAAACAGCAAAAACGACACCCCUAUUCUAUUUGCAACUAGAAACAAUCACAUAGACGUUGUUCAGUAUACAUCUGAUAACUAUUUUAGAUUUCUUUUGCGAAAUAAAGCAUCAGUUGAUAUUGAGAAUGACAAGGGGUCAACGCCACUAUACUGGGCAGUGAGAUAUCAAUAUGAGGAUCUAGUAAAGUUGCUUGUUUGCGAUGGAAAAGCCAUGGUGUCAACUAGAAGAAAGUUAGGCUUGGAGACUCCAAUCACGAUGGCCACGUCUUUGGGAAAUUUGGAAAUCCUUAAAACUCUUAUAGAGAAUGGAGCUGAUGUAAACACAAAAAUAAAAUAUGGAAUGAAACCCAUUCAUGUCGCUGCCUAUUUUGGGCAUUUAGAGUUGACAGAUUACCUAGUGAAUUACAAUAUUUCAUUGGAAGAUGACGAUGAUUUUGGUAAUACGCCUCUCCUUAUCUCCGUUCAGCAAAGAAAACUUGAUGUUUUUGCACAUUUGCUCACUUUGGGAGCAAACGGCUCACAUCGUAAUAAAAGAGGAAAAGAUGCGUGGACAUAUGCAAUGGAAUUGGAAAAUGACAAAUACCUGUUGGUGUUGUUAAAGUUUUAUGGACACUGGAUUGAAGAAAACAAAACUGCUCGAUCCAGUGGAACUUUUUCAGGUUCGACGUACCCUCUUCAUCUUGCUGCUUCUAAAGGAGCAACAAAAUAUCUUCGAAUGCUGUUUGAAUCUAAAUUGAAAUUUAACGAAAAAGAUUCUCUCGGAAAUACUUUUAUUCAUACGGCUGCUUUCGCGAAUCAGGACGAAAUAUUGACCGAGUUUAUCAAUUCUCAAAAUAUCGAUUUAAAAAAUGUUGACGGAAAUACUCCUCUUCAUCUAGCAUUUAUUUCUGGGUCGAAUGAAGCAGCAUCUAUUCUUCUAAAAAAGUCAACUUUAUCAAUUAAAAAUAAAAACGGCGAAACAGCUCUUCAUUGUGCAUUCAAAUCAAAGAAAACAAGCAAAGAAUUGCUCGAAACCCUUGUCGACCAAUCAGUAAAAAUGAGUUCGUAUUUGGUCAUUGAAGAGCCUGAUAGUAGCGGUAAUACUAUUUUACAUUUGAUUUCCCAAAGUGGAAGGAUAGAACUUUUUAAUUUUUUCAACUUACUAAAAAUAAAUCGUCAGAAUAAAGAAGGAAAUUCAGAACUGCACGUAGCACUGAUGAAUGGAAAUUUGAUCCUAUUUGACAAAAUAUUAACGACUUUCAACACACAACUUGAUCUUAAUCUUCAAAACAAAAUGGGAAAAUCUUUACUUCAUAUAGCCGUGGAAAAGAAUUAUAGCUUGGAACUCGUGAAACUGAUACUAAAUGGUGCCAAUUUGGCAGUUCAAGAUUUAAUUGGAAAUAAUGUCAUUCACGAACUAAUUUUAAUGGCAUCUAAUGGAAAAUGUGCAGAAAGUAUUCAUUUAUUUAGAGAAAUUGUAUCUCAUGCAGUAGAAUGGUGGUGUCUGUACAAAUGUGUGUCCAUUCCCGACCAAAUAUUACCUAUUUAUAGAAUUUACAAAAAGCAUUCUCUUUCAUUCCUAAUGUAUGAAACAUUUAAUGUACAAAAUAUGAAUCCGGUAAUAUAUGCAGCUUCCCUGGGUUCUGAAACUAUGCUUAGAGAGUUUCUAAACCUUGAAGGUGUAAACAAAUUCACUUGUACCGAUUAUACAGUCUAUGAUAUAACUAAUAUUUCUCCUAAUACAAAAAAAAUACAUGGAAAUAUGAAAACAAAAAACAAAGUGGAUACAAAGUCUCUGCUAUAUUAUGUUACGAAACUUGACGAUUUAUCUGUGGCGACAAGAAUUCUCAAUAUUCAGCCUAUAUAUAAAGUUGCCAAAAACUACUGGAAUCCAUAUCAAAAGAUAUAUAUUUUUUUGCUAUUGAUACAUCUAACGCAUAUGAGUUUAUACAGUUAUUACGCGAUCAAUAACCUUCCUAAAGGCUCCAACAAUUAUUCUUCAAAUUUGCUAUUUUGCUUAUUUUUAAUUUGGCCUGUUCUUAUUUCAAUUUACAAUAUACUGAGGUUGAUGACUUCAGUAAUUUCUCGUUCCAAAGGAGCCAAAGAAAAUUUAUUUAAAAAAAGAUAUUCAAGUAUUGUUACUUCAAUGGCAAUCGGAAUACUUAGCUUUUUUGUUUCAUCUUAUUGUACGUCAAUUUUAUGGUCUUCUACUGCUUUUAUUUGGUUCGGCUUAUUUAUCAAUAGAAAUGAAUACCAAGUCCAUUUUUUGGCGUUGACUUUAAUCUUAGGAUGGCUCGAUACCUUGCAUUUCACACGGGGAUUCCAAUCUAUUCAUCAUUUUUCUUUGAUGUUAAAAAGCAUGAUUAUUUACGAUAUAUCCAAAUUUAUAAUAGUCUUUAUAACCGUCCUUAUUGGAUUCUCUUUCACAAUUCGGACACUUACUAGAGAAUCAACGGUCAUCUCAACAACGACUGAAAAUUCUUUUGAUUCUAUUUUUCAAACAUUUUUGUGGAUGGUGGGCAUGGGGGAUUUCUUUUCAUUAACAGAUCUUGACGGACUCAGCAAUAAUAAAGGACUUUGGGUUAAAAUUUCUUACAUAUCGUUUAUUAUUUUUGCUGGGGUGAUCCUCUUAAACAUGCUGAUAGCAAUGAUGAAUGAAUCAUACACUGCUUUUAGCCGAGGACUAGGAUGGAAACCUUCGGAAUGGAAGAAACCAAUAUUUGUUUUGUUGCCUAAAAAGGGUGAAAGCAAAGUAUGUUCAAAUUACCGAGCAAUUGCUCUCAUACCUCACGUUAGCAAAACACUAAUUUCAGAAAGAAUUCUAUCCAUUAAUCAAACUGGUUUAGAUGUGUUAGUGGUACGGGAGACCAAAUCUCUAGCCUCCGGUGUAUUGUGA